UGAUAGUGUCAAGGACAAAUAACAUAAAGGUAUAACGACAUUGGCAAGUCAAGCCAUUAGUUUGUAGGAGGUGAUUAUAUAAACUCGAUAUUUUUAACUUUCAAAAGUGUUUUAUCUUCAAUUUUCAUACCGCUACUGGAUAUAUGAAAUAAAGUUUACAAUAAAUAAGAUUUAAGUGCUUAAAAUGGCAUCAAACAGUGCAUCAGAGUUAUCAUCUGAAAAGGGAAUUGAUAUAAAAUGCUCAGCGUGUAAACAACAAAAUAAAAGUACCGGCGCUGACAAAUAUUGUGUUGAUUGCCAGGACUACUACUGUUCUGAAUGUUUGAAACUACACGAAACACUUCCUGCUUUGAAGAAGCACAAAUUACUGGAUACAAAUGAUGACACUAUUGGACAGCUUCUAAUGAUACCAACAGAAAAGUGUGAAAGACAUCAUUACACAACUACUGUUGACAUGUUUUGCCAGAAUCAUGACGAGGUCGGGUGUACAAAAUGUAUGGUAACGGAUCACAGUGGUUGCAAAGAUGUGUUCUACAUUCCUGAAAUGAUGGAAACGAGAGAAAUAAAAGGAUGCCAGGAACGCAUGGCUGCUAUAGAGAAGAAAUUUAACGGGCUUCUUGAUAGAUUCAACAAUGAAGACUCGGAUCUAGAAGCAAACAAGCAAAUGGAAAUUGACAAGAUUAACUCAUAUGUAAAACAGAUUGAAGAUAAAAUCAAACUAGCAGCUCAAGAUGCUUUAUCUCAGGUUGAAAAACGGUAUCAGAAGCUAAAGUCUGUAUUAAAAGGGAAUACUGAAAAAGUGAGAGAUCAAUUUGAAAAGUUUUCAUCGAUUAAAGAAUGCAUUGAAACAAGAAAGGAAAACAAGUCACAAACAUUUGUAGCCUUCAAACAGAACAAAGAAAAAAUUGAAGCUAGCGAACAGGAGUGUGAUAGUAAUCUAAAUAUUGAACUCGGACAUAGAGUACAAUUUACUCUAGAUCACGAACUCAAAGAAAAACUAAUUGUGGAAAGAUUCGUUUUAGGAAAUGUAAACAUACAGACAUAUAGCUUUGUACAUAAAGGAAGCUUUAAAAUACGCUUAACAUCGGACCAGAAUGCACCUAUGGUAAACGGAUCUUGUGUUAUAUCAGACGGUUCCAUCGUUUUAGCAGACUCUGACAAUAAAAACAUUAAACUUGUUGAUGUAAAAAAGCAGCAAGUUGUAGAUGAGGUUAAAUUCCAGACCAAACCUUUUGAUGUUUGCUCCAUAGACAGAAAUGGUAAAAACGAGAUUGCAGUGUGUCAAGAAGAUGAAGUUUCAGUGAUCUAUAUACAAAAUGAUAAAUUGUGCUCGGCAUUUGACAUCAAUUUGAAUUUUUACUGCUUCGGGAUAUUCUGCUUAGAUAAUAUUCUGUAUAUUUCUGACACAAAGAAUAUACACCUAGUUGAUUUUACCGGAAGAGUGUUAAAAACAGUUGCAGUAGAGAAACCUUUAGGCGAUUAUGGUCAACUACAUGAUAUAUACGUGUGUAAUAAAAACAAAAACAUAUUUGUUUCUUGCAGAACAUCGCACGGGAAAAGUCUUUUCUGUCUUAAUGAUAAUGGGGAGAUUAUAAAUAUAAUAUCAAAGGAGAUAGCAUGGUGUAAUGGCCUAGCAGAUGCUGGAAACGGGAAAGUGUUUGCUUGCGGAAUUGAUUCGAAAAAUGUUACACUUUUGAAUAAUAGGUGUGAAAUUGAAAAAGUUGUUAUCAAGGAUGGACUUAAAAAUCCUAUAUCCAUGUGUUUUGAUUUCAAAUCAGGACGUUUGUAUGUUUUGCACUUUAUGGACGAUACUGUUGAUAUAUUUGAAUUUGACUAGAUAUUGUUUCAUUAUUUUAAAUAAAUGUGACCAUAUGUUUUUCAAUCUUCAUCUUGUUGUCUGACACGCCAUUGUAUUGUUAAUUUGUGUAUCAUACACAUUUUAUUUGAUCAUUUUCAAAACAAAAAACAUCCUGACUUUCAAUCUUGGAAGACAAUGCUAUGUAUUAUACUAACCAAAUGCUUUAGAUAUAAGGCUUCCUAUGAAAAUAAAGUUGUAUUAAAUGUAAAGUUGUUACAUAAUACUAAUAAUA